AUGGCGUCGUUUGGAAAUGCUAUACCUCCUCCUUCAAAGCCUGCAGACGCGAAUGCUGCGUUCGCAGAUGCCUUAAAAAGAGCAAAAGAGGUAAGUCAAAUAUCAGGCUAACUUUUUAGAAAGUUUUAUCGCGUUGUCGUAAAUGUUUUCCUUGUGAAAUUUCAACUUUUAGAUUGCUGCUCGAAUGGGUUCGGCUGCUGCCGCAAGUGGCGAGUCAGGUAUGAAUGAUCAAUUUAUUUAACAGUGAAGUCAGCAGUCUAGUUGGUUUUAAUAUUUUAAGAUUUUAAUAUAGUUAAUCUUUCUUUCUGCAGCUAAAAGACCACUAGAAGCUUCCUCAGGUAGGUCACAAAUUGUCAAAUAUAUUUGUUGACAUAAGAAGAGAACAACAGAUGUUUGUCGCGGGUCACGUCCAUAUUUCAAGUUGCCAAGCAAAACAUCAAAUUGAUGUUUUGGGUGGGUAGGUGGGUCCCUGACUGAAAAGUUUGGAAAUUCCGCACCUGAGAUUUCGAAUAUUUCAUAGCAAAUAUAUAGAAAGCUUCACAAUUGGACGCCCAACAUGAGUUGAUAUCUUGGUUGUGCGAUACAAACUUUCUGUACUGGGUUGUGGGUCAAAAUUGUAUUGGGAUGUUUUCAUGAAUUUCACCAUGGCAAAAUGAAUAUUUGAAGAAAAUCUUGCCCUAAGCUAUGCCACUCUUGACAUUUUCAAGGCUGGGUGGGUGAGAUGUCAAUCUGAUGUUUUGGGUGGGAAGUUGAGUAUGGACGUGGGCCCCCAAUAUAAAAGGUUGAUUACUGUAUAUUAUGGUAUAAAUAGUGUCAAAAAUGUGUUUUUUUAGGUGGAGAACCAGCUUCAAAGAAAGCGCUUAUGCAAGGUACAGAAUGAAUAGAUUUGAAUUUUGUGGCAUAUCUAUGCUUAUCCAAAUUCCAUAGUAUUGUCUUCACGGAGCUCUAACAAAGAGUUUAAAGAAAAUUCUGAUGGUUUAAACUCAGUAUAACUUUGCCUUGACACAAGGAAAAAGCGGUGAAAUUCCCUACCUUGUAGUUUCAGCCGUUUCCUUAUAGUAAACGGUUUUCUUUUCUUGUGUUUACUCCUAUUAUUUUGGAAGACAUUUCUGUAUACUUGCAUGUGCGCUUAACGUUUGGUGUUAAUUCAAAGUAUGGCAGUUUAUGGCAGGACUUACAGGGUUCGAAUUAGCGGCUUGCUAUUCACAAUUUGCGAAUGCAAAAUUCACUUUUUGCGAACGCAAAAUCAUCCAUUUUGCGAAUGGCGUUUUGCAAAAACAAUGUGUCAAAGGUUGAUUUUCACAAUCACUUCGAUUGUAUUUUACUAUAAUGGAGUAUUUUUCUGACUAUUAUUGUAAGGCGUAAAAAAAAUACCUGUGGUUCCAGUUUCAUAUCGUGAAAAAAUUAGGAUCGUUAGGUCGGAAAUAAAUUUUUUUUUGAAUAUUUUUUUCAUGGUUUUGGCAUUUUUUUGCUGGGCGAUGCAGUAGAGUCCCGACAUCAACAUUAACUAGAGAUGCGUAUUUCCCAUGGACGAAUUUAGGCAAUUUGGUUCAAUAAUGAGAGUGACAACAGAUGCCAUUUUGGCACGCUGUAUGAGCAGCCCGCAACCACCUGGAGAAAAUAGGGUCGCACAGUCAAUCGCGUUGAAAAAAUAAUAGGGUCAGCAGAAAAAAUAGGGUUGGUAGGGAACCGGAACCACAGGUAUUUUUUUAUGCCUAAUUUUGUACUAAAAGGAAGUGUGAAAUGAAGAAUAUGGCUACAAUUUCUUCAGAAAAUUUACAAAAUUCACUACGAAACGACCGCCAUUUUGCUUUUCGCUAGCAGUGUUUCCACUUUCCAAAACUGAAAUUUCCGUCAAAUUUUCAAGAAGGAAAUUUGUGAAUCAAUUCUUCCUGUCUAAUUUGAACCCUGACUUAAUUUGGGACUUAUUAGUCCGUGUCUGUGCCUUCAAUUUCUUAUUGUAAAACUAAUUUAUUAAAAAAAGUACCUGUGUUAACUUAGUGUGUUUUAUUUUAGAUACUGGUGACAUUGUUAUUGAUGCGAAGGCCAUAGCAAUGCAAGUUGCAGCAAACAUUGCCCAAAGGUUAGUUUGACAGUUUUCUAAUACAUGGAUAUAGAAUUAUGAUUUAAGGUUAUUGUAUUCCAUUAUAGAGCUGGAUUACAGUCACAGCCUGUAGAAGAUUUGAAAAUUCCCAACAAAUAUGUUGGAUUGAGUGAGUAUAGUUUCAGUUUUAUUUCAUUGAGAACAGUUGUAAAGGUGAUGGAUAGUUGAUUCUCAACUCAGUCCUAUUUUGAGAUCAGGGUUAAUGUUUAUUCAGUCCAGUGUUAUUUUGAGACCAGUGUCAAUGUUUAUUCAAUCCAGUCCUAUUUUGAGAUCAGGGUCAAUACUUAUUCAGUCCAGUCUCAUUUUGAGAUCAGUGUCAAUGUUUAUACAAUCCAGUCAAAUUUUGAAAUCAGGGUCAAUGUUUAUACAAUCCAGUCUCAUUUUGAGAUGAGGGUCAAUGUUUAUACAAUCCAAUCUCAUUUUGAGAUCAGUGUCAAUGUUUGGUCAAUCCAGCUCAUUUUGAGAUCAGUGUCAAUGUUUAUACAAUCCAGUCUCAUUUUGAGAUCAGGGUCAAUGUUUAUACAAUCCAGUCACAUUUUGAGAUCAGGGUCAAUGUUUAUACAAUCCAGUCUCAUUUUGAGAUCAGGGUCAAUGUUUAUACAAUCCAGUCUCAUUGUGAGAUCAGGGUCAAUGUUUAUACAAUCCAGUCUCAUUUUGAGAUCAGUGUCAAUGUUUGGUCAAUCCAGUCUUAUUUUGAGAUCAAUGCCCAUGUUUAUUCAAUCCAGUCAUAUUUUGAGUCAGGGUCAAUUUUAGUUAAUAUUUGCUCAAUCCAGUCUCAUUUGAGAUCAAAGUUAAUUAAGUCAAACACCACUAAUGUGAGUGAACUAUAUUUGGAGAACAUUGUUUGGUAGACAGGAGAAAAAAUAUUCAGACAAUUGCAUGUUGAAGGAAUUGAACCCUGAUGACAGCUCUAGGUGAAAAGUGCAUGAACUAACCACUGGUGGUAUUUUCACUACAGUUAUUGGAAAGGGUGGUGAACAGAUCAAUAAACUUCAGUCUGAAACAGGAGCAAGAGUGCAAGUUGCUCCAGGUAUGUUUGUGAUAAUUAUUGACCCAGAAGAUUGAUUAUUCCUAGCUUUAUAUGAUGAUCAAUAGUUAAUAUUUUAUAAUGAUUAUAGAUCCCCCACCUGGAGCAAUGCCUCCACCUGAUCGAGCUGUCACAAUAUCUGGGAAUCCUGAGGCUGUGGAGUAAGUGGAAAUUUUGUUCUAAACUAGCAUUGUUUGCAUCCACAGCUACACAUGAAAACAUCUAGUCACACAUGAAACUUCAGUGUCUCUAACAAGAAGUGGAAGAUUUCAUUUAGCUUGGCCAACCAUUUAUCUGUGAAAUUUCAUCCUGAAAUACAUUUGAGCACAUGCACUGCACUACAAAGUUGUCAAAUGUUGGAGUGGACAUAUUACAAUAAUUGACUUUUCAAUGUUGUAUAGAAAAGCUAAAAAUUUGAUUCUCAAAAUUUGUGAAGAUGGAAAAGUUCCUGAGUCUUUGGUAGGUUUUUAUGCUAUAAUAGUUUAACAACUUCUCAUUAAAAAUAAUGGAAAGCUUGAAGCAAAGAGAUUUUACCAUAAUUGAUUUCAUUCUGCAUGGAAAUUUUCUUGCUAGAUGUCUGUACCAACAAUCGCUCCUGGGGAAUCGUUAAUGGAAGUUAUGAUUCCUGCUUCAAAAGUUGGCUUGAUUAUAGGUAUGUGUGCUACUGGAUUAGGAAACAGCUACUUUUGUUUCUAAACAUUGUAUGUUAUAGGUAAAUAUAUAUAUUGUGGUUUAUCUUACAGGAAAAGGUGGUGAAACAAUUAAAAAUUUACAGGUUAGAUUUGUAUUUUGAUCAUUUAUAAAAUGACAGUGAAAAGCAGGUUUCACCAAGCUUGAAUUACAGUUGUGUCUGAACGACUUUAAAACAUGUCAGCAGUAAAUGACUAUCAGUGUUGGCUUAGACGCAAACUGUGGGCACAUAUAGUAUUGUACAAUAAUACUACCGAUACUGAAUCCCUCCGUUCGAAAUUCUUCAUUUUGCACAUUUUAUACUUAUUUUUUACAUCAACUAACUCUAGGAACGAGCUCAAUGUAAGAUGGUUAUGGUGCAAGAUGGUCCGUGGUUAAGUGCCCCAGAAAAACCACUUAGAAUAACCGGUGAACAGUCAAGAUGCCAAGUAAGUACCAUGGACUGCCACUGGUGUUACCCAAGGAUGAACACAGCUAAAUGAGCUAAGUUAGUUUAGGGGUAGACCAUUAGAAAAAUGAUGAUGGGAGGGAUGCAUUUUCAGCUUGCCCUCCAACUUGGUCAUGCACAAAUCCAACACCACCACCCCCCCCCCCCCCCCCCUUCUAGUGGUCCACCCCUUACUAAUUUUGUACAUUAAUUUGCCUGCAGAGAGGGAAAGACUUGGUGAUGGACUUACUAACAGAAAAAGAACUCGAACAGAUUCAACAGAAAGGCUCAGAUUUCAUGGGCAAACCAACAAAUGAAUAUGGAACGCCAAUCGGAGGACAGUUUAAUCCAAACCAACGACAGUUUGGUGCUAAAAAUGAGGUAUUAAAUUAUUAUAUUUGCUUAAUACGAUUCAGAAUUCGUUCUUGUGAGAACGUAGUCUUUAAUGAUUCCUCAAUUCGUAGAUUCCAGUUCCAAAAGAAAGCGUGGGAUUUAUCAUCGGCAAAAAUGGAGACACAAUCAAACGACUCCAGGCUGAAACUGGAGCGAGGAUUCAAUUCAAACCUGGUAAAAUUUUCCACACGUAAAUGAUUGAUUGAUUGAUAAGUCUUUUUAAAAAAAAAUACUACGCAACAACCGUCCGAGGUACCAGGGUGCGAUAAUUCAAUAUUUUUGGCCGUACCUGACUGGUACUCCGAUAACUUUUGCCGCGUACCUGAUCUGGUACAAACUUAAGAGUCAAGACGUACCUAAGACUACUUCCGAGUCAUGCGUUUUUAUACCUACAUAUAGUUUUAAUACUGGUCCAAAAGCAAAAAAUGUAUGGCAAUUUUGUACAAAUGAAUCUUUAAUUAUGGUAUUUGUACAACAUAAUAUAACAGUUCUCAAAGCGUCGACGUUGUGACUCGAAUGCCAUCGCUCAUUUACAGUGGAUUUACCGAGGGUGCUAACUGUCUGACCUCAGCUACAUACAGUGGAGGCAGGUUGGCUAGUUAUUGCUAGAAGGAAAAUGUAAGUACGCGAAUAGUAAAUUUCCGCGUACCUACGUGGUAUUUGGCUAAAAACAAAGAAGUACCAGACCAUAAAUUUGGCGUACCUCCGGUACGUUGGUACGCGAAUUAUCGCACCCUGGGUACCUACGAAUUUAACGUCCUUAUCCAAGAAGAGGUGAAAGUCUAAGACAAGCGUGGUAAACAUGACACCACACUUAAUUAGUACAGAGCAUUAUGGUACAUUAUGAUGGUUAAAUUCUGUUAUUUAGAUGACGUCAACUCGCCAACAAGAAUAGCGAUGGUACAAGGACCUCCUGAACAAGUUCAAAGAGCAACACAAAUGAUCAAUGAAAUAGUUGAACAAGUAAUGUUGGCCUUUUGUGUGUGUGUUUUUUAUAAGAAAUUGGAAAAUUUAUGUCAGUGUUACCAGCUCAAUAAAUGCUGGAUAACUUUGGGAAUUUUCCAAAAUUAAAUGGAAUUGGUCCCGCAGGCUGUUCAUGUAUUGUAACUGCUUGCCAAAACAGCUCCAUACAUUUUACAUAUUACAUUGUAUUGAAAACUCGAAAUUUUACCUCAUCCAGCGCGUGUGAGAAGAGUGCUUCCAGUUUGACUCUACCGAAUACUGCACAUUUUUUCCUGGUACUCCGUUUCCUCCUGUACCAGACGAUCCUUACUGGACCUCUAAGAAGAACAGCUUAGAACUGAUAGAGCUAUCCAGUAUAAAUAAAGUUAGUUUAGUUUAGGUUUCCUCCUGUAGUAACACUGGGUCAAUAAGAGAUGAUCUCAUUAAGAACAGUUUAGAACUGAUAGAUAGAGCUAUCAAGUAUAAAUAAAGUUAGUUUAGUUUAGGUUUCCUGACUUUCCUCCUGUAGUAACACUGGAUCAAUAAGAGAUGAUCCUCAUUGGACCUCUGGGAAGAACAGUUUAGAAUUGAUAGAGCUAUCCAGUAUAAAUAAAGUUAGUUUAGUUUAGGUUUCCUCCUGUAGUAACACUGGAUCAAUAAGAGAUGAUCCUUACUGGACCUUUAGGAAGAACAGUUUAGAACUGAUAGAGCUAUCCAGUAUAAAUAAAGUUAGUUUAGGUUUCAACAAAAUGGCGGUAAACUGACUCGAGGUAUUUCUCUCCAUAUACAGUCGCGACAGAGGUCAAGUGGUUCAAGGGGUGGGCCUCAAAUACCCAGUGGUCCUGGAGUUAGAAAGGUUGAUUUUCCCGUUCCGGCUGCCAAAUGUGGAUUGGUCAUUGGAAAAGGUGGGGAAACAAUUCGUCAGAUCAACCAAGCCUCCGGAGCUCAUGUCGAACUGAACAGAAGUAUCCCAGAAAAUGGACCAACACGAUUAUUCACCAUUCGAGGUUUGUGUUGAGUGUUUUGAAAGCAACUGUAAAUGUCUGACAGUUUUUAUAUAAACAUUAAAUAAUAAAUAUUUUCCCAGGUACUGAUCAGCAAAUUCAACAAGCACAGAAUAUGAUCCGAGAGAAAACUGGGGAUAGUGUAAGUGAACUACAUGUUAGGUGGCAUUCUCGUACCCAGAGCCCUUCUUACGCGCGGUGCGACGAGGGGCUCUGGCCAAAUCCAUAACCGGAUACCAUAAAAACAUGGUAAGAAAACAAUGUCCGGUGUUAGAACUAGCCAAUCAGAUGCCAGUUCGGAAUAUGGAUUUGACCAGAGCCCCUCAUCGCACCGCGCGUAAGAAGGGCUCUGGGUACGAGAAUGGUUAGGUGGUGUUUAUACUAGAGGACUGGGUAUAAGAUUUUGCAAUUAAAUUUAAUAUGCCAACAGUGCCAUUAUUAUUCAACUGUAUCUUUUAGGGCGGUCCAUUUGGUCAACAAAAUCAUGGACAAAAGUAUGUGAAAUAUCUGAGAACCAGUUAAAGCAUGUUGCAGUAUUUAUUAUUGCUAGCAAGGUUCAUUAGAAAGCUUAAAAUUAUCACACCACAGUAAAACAAGAAACGAUUCUUUUCUGUAGUGAUUAUCAUCAAGGAGGUUACCAACAAAAUCAACAACAACAACAACAGAAUCAACAACAAGGUUGGCAAGGCUAUCCUUAUCAACAACAAUAUGGCCAGCAACAACAACAUCAGAAUCCGUAUGGACAACCACAAAAUAAUUAUGGACAACAACAACAGGGUGUAAGUUUUAGCAGGGCAACUGCCGAUUGAAAGAGAUUCCGGUUAGGGAUCAGAACUUUUCUGAGUAUAGGCUUGAUACGCAUCUACACCAAAUCAGAUAUAUAUUUAUAGUAUCACUUAUUUACUGAGACCGAGGGAAACAGUGUGUUUUGUGGACCCGAGACCGCCGGUCGAGGGGCCACAAAACACACUGCUUUCCCGAGGUCUCAGUAAAUAAGUGUUUUGUUAUAUGGUAUAUAAGUGUCAAAGUAAAUUUGAAACCAAAACUAGAUAAUUGGAACGCCGUAAAUGUUUAAUAAAAAGUUUAAAAAAUGAACUUCAUGGUUGAUGUGCAUGCGCAUUGCACCCAUUCUGUUGUUGACCGGUCAAUAAAUGUUUCCUCCUCGGCAAAGCAUGCAGUGAACAUGACGUUUUGUGGACCGGCACGUGAUACGGUUUUGACCAACUCUGAUACUAACUAUAUAACAAAUAUAUAGAGAGCUCACCGCGUAUCGUUUAUUGUUGCAGGGCCCUCCAGGUGAACAAGGAGGUCAAAACCCAGCCACAUCAGGAGCACCCACGUCUGGGGCUGGGCCAACUGCGGGCGCUCAAGGCCAGCCAGACUACAGCGCAGCCUGGGCGAUGUAUUAUCAACAAUUGUAUCAACAACAAGCUGCAGCCGCUGGACAACCUGCUGCUGGAAACGCGGCUCAAGGUGAGGAAGACAACAACAACAACAACAAGAAGAGUAAUUCAAACAACAAUAUGUACAAGAAUAACAACGUUGGUAUACUGCAAAUAACGUGAACAACAACAAUUAUAACUACACUACGACCACGCUCAGUCAACAACAACACCACCGAACAACAACAACUACUACUACUACUACAACAACAACAACAACUACAACAACAACAACAACAACACCAACUACUACUACUACUGCAACAAGAACUACUACUCCUGCAACAAGAACUACUACUCCUGCAACAAGAACUACUACUCCUGCAACAAGAACUACUACUCCUGCAACAAGAACUACUACUCCUGCAACAAGAACUACUACUCCUGCAACAAGAACUACUACUCCUGCAACAAGAACUACUACUCCUGCAACAAGAACUACUACUCCUGCAACAAGAACUACUACUCCUGCAACAAGAACUACUACUACUGCAACAAGAACUACUACUCCUGCAACAAGAACUACUACUCCUGCAACAAGAACUACUACUCCUGCAACAAGAACUACUACUCCUGCAACAAGAACUACUACUACUGCAACAAGAACUACUACUACUGCAACAAGAACUACUACUACUGCAACAAGAACUACUACUACUGCAACAAGAACUACUACUACUGCAACAAGAACAAGAAUAACAACAACUACUACUGCAACAAGAACAAGAAUAACAACUACUACUACUACUGCAACAAGAACAAGAAUAACAACUACUACUACUACUGCAACAAGAACAAGAACAACAACUACUACUACUACUGCAACAAGAACAAGAACAACAACUACUACUACUACUGCAACAAGAACAAGAACUACUACUACUACUGCAACAAGAACAAGAACUACUACUGCAACAAGAACAAGAACUACAACAACAACAACAACUACUGCUACUACUGCAGCAGCAACAACUACUAUUACAGCAGCAACAACUACUAUUACAGCAGCAACAACUACUAUUACAGCAGCAACAACUACUAUUACAGCAGCAACAACUACUAUUACAGCAGCAACAACUACUAUUACAGCAGCAACAACCACUAUUACAGCAGCAACAACAACAACAACUACAAUGACAAGAACUACAACAGCAGCAACAACUACUAUUACAGCAGCAACAACUACUAUUACAGCAGCAACAACCACUAUUACAGCAGCAACAACAACUACAAUGACAAGAACUACAACAGCAGCAACAACAACAACAACAAAAGCUCACUCCAAACUCGUUUCGCGAAAUAUAUAUACGCUUAAUAGCAUUAAGCAUCGCUAUUAUUUGACAUGAGGUUGUUGAUUUUUAAUCCCUCCUCUUCCUCCAGGUGGACAACCUGACUACACAGCUCAGUGGAUGGAAUAUUACCGCCAACAAGGUUACUGCUACCCGUACGGCCAGCCUGGUCAACCACAGCCAGGACAACAACCCGGGCAACAGCCGCAACCUGGCCAACAACCUGGUCCCCCUCAAGGUCAACCUCAGCAGCGAUGAUGUCAUAGGUAAGUAACUAUUACGUCAUUGUUUAUUACUAGUUUUUUGGCAAUUGCGUGCAAGUUAAACACAGAAAUUUGGAGGUUUUAAAGAGGUUUAAUUCUGAGAGGUGAAUGCUGAUUGGUGAUGCUCAAAGGUAUUGAGAUAUUGGGAGUUGAACUGGUGUUCUUGCAUGUAAGUUAGCAAUGCCAGUUGCUUUGGAAGCCACACUGUACUUUUAGCGAGGCAAAUGACAACUUUCUAUACUGUACGUCACAAGUUGCUUUCGUCUUCGUAAAUAACGGCACAAACAUGAAGUCAACGAUUUAAUGUACGUCUAGUUCUAAACAACAAGUCCAAAUUUUAGUAUAGUACACCGAGAGAAGACAACAUAUGAUAACGGUUUUAUUUUGUGACUAUUGAUUUCGUAGAUUUAUAUGUGUUGGUAAAUUAUGUAUUAUUCAAUGUUCACCUGGGAUUUUUCACUCAUUUCUGCUCCUUGUUUAUAUAUCUCUCAUCUUCAUUAUAUUCUUCACUCAAUCUACGCAUAUAUUUAUAUCUUAAUCUAUGAAAACAGUCUAUAUCUUCAAUAUUACUUGUUAGCAUUUUCCAUAUUUCAGUAUUUGCUGCGUGUACAUUAUAUAUCGUAAUUUCUUUUAACGUUGUUUAUCCAUAUUUAUUAUCAUUCUGAUGGUGACUUGUGUUAUCUUAUAUAUCUAUGCAUUUUAUUUAUUAUUUUAUAUAUUCAUUCUAUAUAAUUCAUGUAAUAUAAUUCAUGUAAUAUUCAUGUUAUAUAAUUAAUUCUAUAUAAUGCGUUAUAUUCAGUCAGUUCACAUAUGUGUUUGUCUUCAAUAAUACUUGUUUAUUUUUUCAGUAUUAACUGCAUAAAUUGUACAUUAUUAUGACUUAUGACAAUGUUUUGUCCAUAUUUGUUAUAAAUUUGCUUUUACUAUUGUUUUCAUGUUUCCAUGUUUGAGGUGUUAGAAUUUUGAUAAAUGUUGACAAAAAUUUACAUAUCGUUUGUUCCACGUUGUUUUCUGAUAACAUUGAUUACAGGAUUUAGGUUCAUUUAUGACUGAGAGAUUCGUAAGUACCAGCUGUUAGUAUAGCACUGCGUGUUGAACUUGCUUUUUCUACUUGUAUAUUUGGUCUUAAACAGUUUUACUAUACCAUCUUCUAAUGAAUUCAUGUUAUAAUUAUGAUUUUAUGAAUCUAUUAAUAAGUGUACAAGAAUAUAUUUGAAUUGUGCAUGCAUGUAUGUUGUGUUUUGCCAUACCAGAUUUACAGGUACUGAAAAUCACCAUACAUCAAUCAUCUGUAAGUUUCAAAUUUGUUUCAAUGGUUUAAUUUGCUAAGUAGCUUUUUUGCAUGAGUUAUUUCACAUUGAUGAUUCACCAAAUAAUAUACGUUUUAUUUUAAUAUUGAAAUCUGUGUGUAUAAAUAUUGUGUAUAAUACCAUUGAUUUGCAGGACUUUUUCAGGGGGUUUUACGUUAUCGAUACUUGUAUUUAUGAUACUGUGUUCGUCUACAUAAUUUUCAGCAGUCGUAUAUUUAUUUUAUUACUGUGUAUAUUUGAAUUGCAUAUGCAUGCAUGUAUGUUGUUUUUGCAAUAACAAUGAUUUACAGGUCCUGAAACAAUCAUGCUUCUACCAGCUGUAAGUUUCAAGUUUGUUUCAAUGUUAUUACUCACCAUGUACUAGUAAUUUAUGUAAUUACCACUGUUUUUUUAAACAUGUUGUUCCACGUUAUAUAUGUUUGGUAUAUGAUAUUAUGAUAAAUGUUUGAGUCAUUUCUUUAUGUAAAUAUUUAUGCUUUCCAUAUUUCUUAAUAUAUACUGUUGUUAUAAACUUCCUCGCUUUUGUUGAAUUUCUGUGUAAUCAUUUUCGUCACCAUGCUACUAACAGUGCCUACAUGCUAAUGUUAAGGCUGAUAGGUGCACUUGACAAAAAAUGGGUUGAGCGGCGGUCUAGCUAGAAAGAUUGGUCGCUCCAUUGCUGUCAUAUAUGGUUCAUUGUGGCAGGGUUUGACCACUGGGCUUGACACGAAGUCGGCAAGGUUAGACAAAAGUGUGUCUGAACCGUUAACCUUUGUUUUUUUCUCGUUGUGAAGUUAUUUCAUAUUUAUGCAGUUUUUAUUUGUUCACAUGUAGUUGUAUUUCAAAUGUGGGGUCUGGUGUGGGUGGAAUACUACUAUGGCUGGUGUCUGAACUACCCGAAAAUGAUUAAAAACACCAACACUAACCAUUGAUUGAAUUUAUUAAUUUAGCCAUGGAUAAUAUUUUAUGAUCCAUCCUGAAAAUAUAUACAGACUUUCCUCUAAAAUAUGUCUUUUUUCUUUCUUUCUAGCAUUUGAGGAGUUGUGCCAAACCUAUGCUAGUACAAACUUCAUGUAAAAUAAAAAUAACCAGUAUUAGAUUACACCAUAUAGUAUAGUCUAUAGACGUUGGUGCAAAUACAAUUGUAAUUGUUUCUCUAUAUGGUGCCAUUGAACUAUAGUUGCAUGAUAGUGAGAGUAUUUUUAAUAGACUGUGUAUUUUAGGUUUAAGAUAUUAAAUCUUUUCUUAUUUACCGUGUAUAUAUCGUGUUUUUGUGUUAUUGAUUCGCAGCUUGGCCUGCCGGGAGGAAACCGGAGCACCCGGAGAAAACCCACGGCUUUCGACAGAGCGUUACUGACUCUUUUCACAUGAGUCUGUUACACAGUGGCGGAAAUUCACUUUUUCCGGUGGGCGGGGGGGGGCAAAGCCUUCUAAAUUUCCGACAAAACUUUCAAAUUUCCGACAUACCCCCCCCCCCAUUUGCACUCGUAAAGACUGUUUUUAGCCCUCUUUUAGGUCAAAAUUUCCGAAAAUUCGUCAAUUUUCCGUGAAGGUGGAGGGAGGGGGCGGCCGCCCCCGCCCCACCAAGAUUUCCGCCACUGAGUCUGUAGCGAGAAUCAGAGGUGAAGGCGCUUGUCCCUUCCUUGGAAUUUCCUAGGAAUUUCUAUAAUUUCAUUGCCAGAUGCCCCUGGAAAAUGACAAAUGUCUAUAACCACCCCUCCCCCAUGGAUUUUCAAGGUCAACCCUUCAAGCGGGCCUAGUUACUUUCCGGAAAUUAUGUAACAAUAUUAACCACCUAUCGAAUUUCAAUUUUGCCCUGCCAUAUAAAGUCAUAGUUAAUUAUAUUAACUAUGCAUAAGUGGAAUUCAUAUAAUUAAUCAUUUGAUUAUUUGUGUGUUUUUAAGAACUAUGAAUUAUUUUGGAAACGUAAGCUUUACUUUAGGCGUUCGUAGAUUAUUUUACGCGGUAACACCGAACGAAACUUCGUUUGAAAAGUUGGAAGAUGUGCCCGAUUACUUGAACGAGGUUUGGAAGCUUUAAUCCUGUUUAAUUAAAUUUGCUGUUGGGCUGUUUUCUGCGCUAUUUGUAGCUAGAGCGUGUUUUGCUUGAGUAUUUAGCUUAGCAUAAUUGCUAGGGUUAGAUUGUUAGUAUGUAUUGGACAAAAUUUUGGGUAUUUUGUGGAGAUUUUCCUGGUGGUACUAUAUGUAAUUUUUGUCUGGACAAUUGAUUUACAAUAAAUAUUGUGCAAUAACUAUUAUGUGACAACAUAAUCUGCAUAUAUGUCCCUGACUUAACACCUAAAAUUUAAUAGUAACCAUAUAGAAAGCAUCAAAUAUCUUGGUUGCAUGAUAUUAUAUAGCCUGUAUGGCGGCUAGAUAUUAUAUCGAACGUUUGGUUGUUAUGUUCAAUUAUUGCAUUAUGAUGUGUGAUGCAAAUUGAGCUCAUUAUAUUAACGUCAAUGUCUAUAAUUUUCCCUCAUUAGCAUGUAGGAAGAAUGUUACCAGAUUGAUGCUAGUACUAGGCUUGAUUAUCAGCUGUCCUGAAUGCCGCCUGGUAAUCGAGCCUACGUACUCUAGUACCAAACAUCACAAACUUUCUUCAGGUACUCCAGUACUAAAUAUGUGCAAUACUAGAUGUCCCUUACUGGACCUCUAGGGAGAACAGUUUAGAAGUGAUAGAGCCAUUUGGUAUAAAUAAAGUUAGUUUCCUUGUGUAGUAACACUGGACCAAUACUACCCUUGCUUUCUCUGUAUGCAGGCCAUUCCAUUUUUCAAUGGCGCGAUAUUGCUAGAGUUUCUCAUUUGCUGGUUAAAAGGUGUUAAGACGUUCCGAAUUAAUGAUGGCUUGAGUUCUCUUACUGCUGGGAUAUUUCUACAACUAUCCAAGUGAGUGAAGUGUUAUUUAUAAACACAGACAGACCAGAGAUUUUGUCAUGGGUGGUGUAUUGCAUUUCUAUUAUACCAUUUAGGUUUUUGAUUAUAUCUCUUGAACUGAUGACAAAUUCCUGGAUCUACACAAACUACAGAUUGGUUGACUUACCCUGGAACUCACCAUGGACUUGGUUUAUUGCAUUUUUAACCAUCGAUUUUCUAUAUUACUGGUUUCAUAGAGCAGCUCACGGUAGUUUUUACAAUUUCAACGUGUGAUAAUCUUCUUUCCAGAUAUAGAUAUUCUUUGUACAUUAUAAUUAUAGCCUUGUCAUACAAUUAUGCCAGUUAAGUCAUCCAUUAUGACAGGAUUAAAUCGGUGAGAUUUUUAAAACAAUAAAAAGACGGAAUAUUCUGAUCAUUGGAUUGUGACGUCACUAGAUGACAUUAUGCUAUUAAUAGGCAAGUGUCAUGCAAUUAAAACCCAUUCUAAGGUGGUGAUAUUGAUAUAAAAUUUAGUGGUUUUGUGGAAAGCACAUCCACUAUUCAUUUUACAGAGCACUCUUCCUAAUGAGUCCACACUUACAUUUCAGAGAUCAACUUUAUAUGGGCAACCCAUCAAGUUCACCACAGCGCUGAAGACUACAACCUUACAACAGCAUUGAGACAAUCAGUUGUACAACGACACUUCAGCAUGGUAAUGAUUCUGGUUGAUUAUAGCUUACCACCCUCCUACCUAACUCAGACCAACUGACUCAAUCACUGAAUAACUGACACUCAGACAUGAGAUCCAUUGACUGACUGAAACCAUUUUCCUUCCUUUCAGCUUGUGUACCUUCCCUCAGCAUUGUUCAUUCCACCUUCAGCGUAUUUUGUUCAUGUCCAGUUCAACUUGCUGUAUCAGUUCUGGAUUCAUACAGAGGUAUAAGGAAUUCAUGCAUGAUUUGUUGUCUUCAAUACUGAAAUAUAAAAUAAUGUAAUUUGUCCAUGUAUCCUUGUUAUAUAUAGUUAGUGAAAUCACUUGGUCCACUGGAAUACAUUCUGAAUGCUCCCAGCCAUCACAGAGUUCACCAUGGUAGGUUAUGACAACAUCUUAAACCACAGCCUUAAAUAUGUUUAUAUAUUGAAUUGUGUUUUAUAAAACAAUCGGUUUUCAACAUUUUAUUUUAGGACGAAACCCGUACUGCAUUGAUAAGAAUUACGGUUAGUAUAAUAAAAGCUACCAUGCAUGGUUUGAACUGCCAUGAGGACGUUUUAAGUAAAGUUUUAAUAAAUGAAAAUUUAAAUAUGUGAGAAAGAUUAUUGCUGUAAAUGUGUUCGGCUUAAAUAACUACUGGACAAAGGGCCUUCGCCAAUAAUUUCAUCAUAAUUGCCUUGACUGAAUUGAAGCCAAACUUAUGAAAAAUCAUUAUUAAUAAUAAUCAUUUUAGGUGGAACGCUGAUCAUAUUUGACCGUAUGUUUGGUGAGCAAUCUUACAUUGUGUGAUAUUGUUUUCUUCUUGUUUCUGUGUACAUCUGAAAAGCAUGGGUUGCUUGACCAAUAAGCAUGCAAAGAGUCCUAAAUUAUAUUUACAAAAUGUUAUGACAGGAACUUUUCAAGAUGAAACUGACGAAAAAGUGGUGUAUGGUUUGACUCAUCCAAUCAAUUCUUGGAAUCCUAUUUGGGUACAGGUGAGAGAGGAAUUAAAAGUUACCAUAUUAUUCUAUACCAUAACAUCAUAGAACAUGCUAUACCAUUAUGUCACUGCUUACUACACCAGACUUUAUCAUAGCAAGUACCAUCCCAUCCCAUAAAAACCAAACCAUACCUUAUCACACCAUACCAUACUUCACCAUACCAUACAUGUACUCCACUGUACCACACCACCUGACACCAUACCAUACUUCACCAUGCCACACCAUAAUUCACCAUAUCAUACCAUACCACAACAUACCAUACCACACCAUACUCUACCACACCAUACCACACCAUGCAAAACAACACCAGACCAUAUACCUAUCAUAGAUUACUAUACAUGCAACUGUAUAUUUAGAUAUGUCAUUUUGUUCACAUUGCAAAAACAUUUUGGACAACAGAAGGAUUUAAAAACAAGGUAUAAUGUUGACCUCGUUUAUCAUCUGGCCUCUAGUUAUUUCAUACUUCUGCUUUGCUUUACGUUUUAUGUCUCCCUAGAUUUAUGUGUUGAUAAAAGGUCCUGGAUGGUCUCCUGGCAAACCUCGACUUGGUGAUCCUGCUGAUAUUCCUCAGGUUGACUAAUGUUUGUCGAACUUCUUCUGGAUUUGCCUUUUUCAAAUGUUCCUCAAAAGUGUGUAAAAACAAUGGAACAUUUGACCGUACAUUGUGCCAAAUUUUGCCAAUGAACAACACUUCAUAAUCUCAAACGAUAGAUAAGGAAGUAUGGUAUAAUGAUUUCUUAAGAUUCUCCCAUAACUUAUGUGUGAACAGUGCUGGGAAAUGUUUAACAAAAUAUCUUCGCUUCUUCUUACACCUGAUUAUGUCAUAUUUAACUUUGACUGCAUGUCGAUAUUUUCUGCAGAGGUCAUCUGUACAUGAUGUAUAUAGCACAAAGUAAUUUCUAUUUCAGGUUGAAUACCCAGUUGAGAAGUAUGACAAAGGUUUGCCACUUUGGGGCAAUAUUUAUGUUAUUACACACACUAUUCUCACCUCGAUAGUUUUUCAAGAAUUGUUCGUGAAGCGUUUGGUACUGUACCUUAUACAAAUGUUUAUUUAUUAGUUGAAUUUACUGAACAUUUUGGAUUACUUUCCUCUUUUUGAAGUUUAGUUCAGUGUUUUAUUCAUGAUUGUCGUGCUGACGAAGUUUAUCUUUUGUAUUAAUUGUCGCAUACAGCUAAUUCAAUUACGUUUGUCCUGUUAAAGUCAAAUUUCAAAACUGCAAAAUCUUGAGCUCUAAGCGCAAAAAGUAAAUGUAGAACGAGGUCAUGCAGGUAUAUGAGUAUUGCAUUAAUUGAGCUGUUUAUUAUUAAUGAACGAAUUUUCUUUAAUUCUAGACCCUUACAGAAGGAAACGUUUUGGGUGUGGUACUUUUCCUCUUUGCGUCUGGGACAUGUUUUGGCUUGCUCAUGGAUAACAAGUAAGUCGGUGUCUUGAACGAUAUAACAAGUAAGUCGGUGUAGUCAAUGUCUUGAACAGUCUGUGCCAGUGUAGGGAGUGGCAAUAAUAAGAAAGCUUGGGAUUGGUAGGAAUGCAACUACCUGAAAAAUUACAAGGAGAACUUGACGUAAGGACAGGGACGUCGCUAUAGGGGUGUGUGUGUGGGGGUGUGACACCCCCCCCCCCAAUAAUUCAAACGUUGGUCAAAGUUGGUCAAAAUGGAACUGAUAUUUGCUUAAAAUUGAAGGUAAAACUCGGAAAAAUUUGGUCAAAGUUUGGGAUAAAAGAUGGUCGAAGUCGGUCAAAGUUAUGAAAUGGUUGGCAAUUUUAACAAUUUUAAAGCUUUUGUUAUGUUUGCGGUGAAAAAUUGGAAGCCUUGCUUAUCUUGGUCGAGAAAUUUUGAAUAUGCUUAUGUUAGUCCGGAAAAUUUUUUUUGACUAUGCUUAUGUUAGUCAUUUUUUGACCUCCCCCCGUCCACAACAUUUUCAGGAAAAAUUUGUACGACUUCGUCAAAAUCCUAGGAAAUGUUGGUCAAAACCCCCCGACCCCCCAAUGUUGAUGGCUUCACGACGUCCCUGCGUAAGGAUAGUUACAUUCUAUCAAUCCUAAACAUUCUUUGUCAGUGUCUUAACGAUUCAGGUUAUUUAACUUGUUUACCCGUUCUCUUUUCAGAUGGUACGCACCACAUUUGGAAUUGAUUCGGUGUGUUGUGUUUCUGGUGGUUGAUUACCAACUAAGCUUGCAUCAGAAACAUAUUGAAGGUAUGUAUCGCUUUCUUAAACGCUGGUAUACACUAUCAAAGUUUCUGUGAUCACAGUAGGAAUUUUUCAGUAAAGUAAAUUCUAGAUUUUGAAGGAUUUGAAAGAAAUGUUUGAGGGAACUGAUUCGGUGUGUCCUUAAAUAUUUCUUACAAAUUCUUCAAAACUUAGAACUUAUCUAUGCAAAAUUCUUACUGUGAUCACAGAAACUUUGAUAGUAUAAACGAGGCUUAACACUAUAAAACAUCACUUGUAACUUGGGAUUGACCCAGUUUAUGCUUUAAUCCAUCACAGGGAUGCUAUAUGUCUCUAGCAGACCAUGUCUCUAGUAGACCAUGUCUCCAGUAGACCAUGUCUCUAGCAAACCAUGUCACUAUUAAAUAUAUUUUCUUUUGGCUUUGCUUUAGUCGUUCCCUUGCCUCUGCUGGGAGUAACUCGUAUGAUUUUUGCCAUCUCAGCAAUUAUUUGGUUUUUGUUGUGUUUGCGUUCUGAGAAGAUCCUGGAAAAAGAAGAAUGA